CGCUGUGGUGCGGCGCGACGGAAGGCCCAUCUGACCCGCACAACUGAAACCGGACGCUUCAGCUGCCGAGUGAGGGGGUCCGGCCCGAAUUAAGGCAGGGCCGGAGUUACAUCGGGUUCGCAUCCUUUGAAAGCAGCAUGGCUUUGAACAUCUACUUUUGUGGCAGCAUUCGGGGAGGGAGGCAGGACGUGGCAGUCUACCAGAAGAUUGUGCAGAAGUUGCAGAAGUACGGCACCGUUCUGACGGAGCAUGUCAGCCACGCUGCAUUGUCAGAAAAAGGGGAAGACGCUGUGCUGGAGGGAGACAAGGCUAUCCACGACAGAGACGUCGACUGGCUGAAGCAGGCUGAUGUGAUCGUGGCCGAGGUGACGCAGCCCUCGCUGGGAGUGGGAUACGAGCUGGGCAGAGCUGUAGCCAUGGACAAGAGGGUCCUGUGCCUCUUCCGACCUUCCUCGGGCCGAGUCCUGUCCGCGAUGAUCCGCGGCGCAGCGGACGGCUCCCGGUUCCAGGUGCGGGACUACGCGGAGGAGGAGGCUGAGACAACCGUGGAGGACUACUUCACAGCCACCGGCUUGUCCUCUUGAAGCUGCGCUGUGGUCAAGUUUCUGUAAACCAAGCUUCCAGUAAAGACCAGGCUCUGACCAGG